AUGAACUCUCGUCGAAAUUAUAUCGAUUUCUAUGAAGGCCCGUACUGCCGUCGCACGUUUUCAUGCUACUACUCCCUCAAACGCCACUUCCAGGACAAACACGAGCAAUCGGAUACGCUAUACGUCUGCGAGUUCUGCAACCGUACGUACCGUACGAAGAACUCGCUGACGACGCACAAGAGCCUGCAGCACCGCGGUACCAGCGGCGUGCUGAGGAGGCUCCUAAAGGCCACGGCCAUGAAGAAUGUCUUCGGUACCAUGCAACAUCAAAUGCAGAUGCAGCAGCAACCGCAAUGAAAACGUCGGAAAAACCAAAGUCUCCCUAUGCUGGAUCGUCCGCGUCGUCAUCGUCGUCGUCGUCGUCGUCGUC